AUGCACCCGGAUCUAGAUAUAAAAGCGUGGCUUACAGUUGCUCUAAUACUGACGCACAUCACAUCUAUGGAGUAUCAAGUAAUUCGAAGUGACACGGACAUUCGGAGUGUUCGACAAAUAGGUCGAGCAGCCGCAGCCGACGCGCGUGGAGGGCGGCACAGACCUGCAGCCCUCGCCUCGCUCGGCGGAGCUCUCCGGGCCGAGCGCGACUCGGGGACGCCUUGCAGGCAGAGCUGUCAGCAACCGGGAGGCCGUUGGUACCUGGCCGCGGCUGGGCUGACUCCUGCUCUGGUGACAGACAGGGGUGGGGGUGGAGGGGCCGCGGGUCCCGGGCGCCCGCACGUGGGGAUCUCGAAUUCUUCCUCCUUCGGGCUCCGCUCCGGACCGGGCGACGGCCACAAGGAAGGGGGGCUGUGCGGCGCUGGGGUCGCCCGCCCGGGACGCCGUGGCUCCCUGGAGGAGCGGGGAGGGAGGCGGCCGAGGGUCCGGCGCGCCCCUGACGCGGGUCGCAGUAUGAGACCGGCGAAGGGCGGCAGCAGCGGCCCCAGCAGCAGCCUCUGCCUGUGCCUCCCGCGGGCCCUCGCCCUCCCGACCCCGCGCACCAUGCAGAUCCCUGGCCUGCGGAGUCCCCCGCGCAGCCCCCGCCGCCUCCUCGGCCCCCGCUAA